UCUAUGCAGCUGAAACAAGCACGAACGCACAGUAGAUGAUGGCAAUCAACUUGCACUCCCGAAGGAGUAACGAGAGCGAAGAACUCUGCAACCACCAUCGGCACCUCAUGCAACAGCAACAGCAGCAGCCUGUGAUGGUGGAACUAUUCGACCAGGGGAUCCAAGAAAUCCAACCAGCACUGCGUCUAAUUUUGACCAUCCGACCAAAACAAGUUGGAAGAGAAUACAGGGAAAUUGUUGUUGUGCUCUUCCUCUCCAUUAUUGAUCAGUGUAAGCUUCCGUGCAGUCACUCCAUUAUUGAUGUCAUGGAAGGACAAGAUCUAAUUGUUUGAGCAUGAUGACGGCAAGGGCAAUGGAGUCAGGUGGUCCCGGUGGGUCAUCCGAUGCCACGCCGCCCGAUGUUGGCUGAGACAACACAAAGCUCUUCUCUUUAUAUCGGCGGCAGGCCCCCCCACCUCGGAUGUGUUGAUGCACAAGAGCCACUACAGAGAAUAUAGCAGUCAGCAAGAGGGGAAGAUGCACGAGCUGCCAGCCAUGUCGCAGGGGGGCUUCUUGCAGGAAGUGGCGGUCGGCAGCUACAACAUCCACUACUCCCACCUCCCGCUCCCCUACGACGACGAUGACUUCCUCCCCGGUCUGCACGUCGACGCCGAAGAUGCCAGCUUGGGAAUCAUGUUUGAUGAGCAGGUGAAAUCAGAAUAUGAUAUGGGAGGAGGAGGAGAUCUAUUCAAAGCUCCAGAACCUUUCUUGGUAGAGGCAGAACUUGAACUAGAUCCCAUGGCAACUGCCGUGCCCAUCAUAUACGGCGGAGGUGAUGUAAUCACAGAAAUAAUCAAGGUUGCAAGUAUGGAGUCAAUCCAAAAUGAUCAUCUAGAUGGCUUAUUCUAUGAGUGCAAGAAGGGCCUUCUGGAGGAGUCAGAGAUCGAAAAUUCAAUUUCUGAACUUUUAGAUGUCAAGAUACCUGCAGUACAAAUUGAUGAGGUUCAGCCUUCAAAAGAUCUUAGCCAAGCAGAUGGAUCGAUGCAGAAGAGCAUUAGUUCGGGGUGUUUAAAUUCAGUGGAAUGGGUUCCCAGAAGCACUAUGAGACCAGAGUUCUUUGAUUUCCAAGAAUUAGAUUUUGAAGCUGCAUUUGGUUUGAAGAGAUCAUAUAGCGAGAGAGAUAUUCGGAAUCUUGGAACUAAAAACACAAGGAUUGGAAGUACAACUGCCGUAUGUUCUUCCUUUGAGCAGCUCCUAACCAUCAGUGACCUUAAGACUGAACAGCGGCAGCUAAAACUUUCCAGGUACCGGGAGAAGAAGAGCAAGAGAAACUUUGGCAAAAAGAUCAAGUAUGCUUGCAGGAAGGCUCUUGCAGACAGUCAGCCAAGAGUUCGUGGAAGGUUUGCAAAGACCGAAGAGUGUAAACAUGUCGAUGCAAGCAUCGAAGCAGACAAGCUGUAGAAGUUGGCAGCGGCUCACGCUGCUCCCUCGUGUUGGAAGAGCUUUCUCUGCAAGAACAAAUGCCCCGAAAUAGUCAACCUCAUAAAGCCAGUAUCAAAUGAAUAGAUAUCUCUGCUUGACACUGGGAAAUCUUCGAUAACCACCCAUGGGGUGUAUGUAGUAAAAGGCUUUAUAGGGAGAAAUGAAGCUGUGUUGUAGUUCUGUACAGGUAAUUUGAAUAAAAGGAUGUUCAUAGUGAA